AUGCUUCGAAAUUCAAGUCGUCGAUGGAUCCCUGUGAUAAACCGCACAGCGCGGGAUUCCCUUUGCGCUGCUACGAUCGAUCACUGUACGCCCGUUGUUUAUUCGUCGCUACCAAACGGCUGCCGGGUGGCGACGGAAUAUUUCCCCAGCUGCCAGUUUGCCACAGUCGGUGUUUGGAUCGAUGCGGGUAGCCGCUUUGAGGACCUGCGGAAUAACGGUGUCGCCCAUUUCUUAGAGCACAUGAACUUCAAAGGCACUGAAAAGUACUCCAAACGAGCAGUAGAGGAUCUCUUUGAGCAGAGCGGAGCUCACUUUAACGCUUACACCUCGCGUGACCGCACGGCGUAUUACGUGAAGGCUUUUAAUGAAGAUGUGGAGCACAUGAUUGAUGUGGUUUCGGACCUGCUGAAGAACGGCCGGUAUGACCCGCGGGAUUUGGAGUUGGAGAGACCAACGAUUCUGGCGGAGAUGCGGGAGGUGGAGGAGCUCGUGGACGAGGUGCUCAUGGACAAUCUACACCAGGCGGCAUACGACCCCAUCUCCAGCGGUCUUCCCCUCACCAUACUCGGUCCUGUUGAAAACAUUUCCAAGCACAUCGAUCGUGAGAUGAUUAUGGAAUUUGUGCGGGUGCACUACACGGGCCCUCGCAUGUGUUUUGUCUCCUCCGGCGGCAUUCACCCCGAUGAGGCACACCGACUCGCGGAAAGGUUUUUUGGCGAUCUCCCUGCGAAAAACAAUCGACCACCGCUUCAGGCGCUUUACCGUGGCGGACACACUGUUAUGUGGAAUGAACAGAUGGCGACGGCGAAUACGGCCGUUGCUUACCCUAUCUGUGGUGCUUCGCAUCCAGAUAGUUAUGCGCUGCAGCUAGUGCAUAACGUUAUUGGGCAGUUCCGAGAGGGUCAACACGAUCAGUUUGCGUACCAGCACCUUAAUCCCAAACUUCCAUGGGAACGACUACCAAAUAUGGUCCAAAUGCGUCCCUUUUACACGCCCUACGAGGAGACCAGUUUGCUUGGUUAUCAACUCAUCACGACACCCAUGCUUCCUACUGACUCGGCUGUCUCGCAUCGGGACGAGAGCCAAGACAAGUUACUCGACUAUUUGCUACAGACAAUCAAUGAGUUAGCGGCCACCGCCGUAGAUGAAGCCAUAUUGGAGGGGGCGAAGAGUGAGUUUAAGGCUUCCGUCAUGAUGAUGCGGGACAGCACGACAAAUAGCGCGGAGGAUUUGGGACGGCAGAUGAUUCACUUUGGUCGCCGCGUGCCCAUUCGGGAGGUUUUUGAACGGGUGGAUGCGGUGACACCGGCUAUAUUCCGUGACACACUGGCGAAGUACACUUCUUCGACAGUUCCAACAGUGUCUUACAUUGGCUCUGCGAGUGCGGCACCUCGCUUUGACGCUGUGACGCAGAUGAAGCAGAGAACAGGCAAUGCGCUCUGA